AUGCAUGAACUUGUGGACAAUACCCUUGGAUAUGAUUUGGAUUCCGAUGUCGAGGAAAUGGUAAAUCUCGUGACAGAGCUAGCUGGAGAACUAUUUGAUGGUCGACGCAUUGCGGUUAAAAAGAUUCGUGACAACGACAGACUUGAUCAAUUCCUGAAUGAGCCUGAAACCCUAUCAUAUCUAUCUCAUCCUAAUCUGGUAUCUUUAUAUGGAUGUAUAUCUUCAAGAGGUCCUGAUCUUAUGCUUGUAUAUGAAUAUGUUUCAAAUGGAACUGUAUAUGAACAUCUUCAUGGUGACAGAGAAACACAUGAAAAUCUACCGUGGAGCACAAGAAUGAAUAUUACGGUGGAAACAGCUAGUGCAUUGAAGUAUCUUCAUGCUUCUAAUAUUAUCCAUAGGGAUAUCAAAACUAACAAUAUUCUUCUUGAUGCUAAUUUUCAUGUUAAAUUAGCAGAUUUUGGAAUAUCACGCAUUUUUCCAUCAGACCAAAGCCAUGUCUUAACUAAUCCAGUAGGGACUCGUGGUUAUAUAGGUCCUGAAUACCAAAACCACAAUGAACUUACUCAUAAAAGUGAUGUAUUCAACUUUUGA